GUCACACGUAAGUCGACGACAAUGCACAAUACAGAUUUGAUGAUGCUUAAAUCUCCAUUGAACAUCUCAUCUGGUUUUUGCAAGUAUAUAUGGAAAACUUUAUAAGCCACACGAUAUUUAACGAUAUUUAACUACUGAACUAUCACGUAAACACCAAACGAAGGCGUAAUACAUGCAUAUCAGUACAGUGCGUUAUAAAAUCCAUUACCUUACCCAGGAACUUUGGUAAUUAGGUAGGUAGAUAGUUAGGUACUGAGGAAGGUAGAAUUACCGAUAUUAUUCACUUCCUUUACUUAUUCAUGGACGUUCCACCUCUACAAGUUCCAUGGAUACAACAGAGUUACCCAGUGAAGCCAUUUCGAAAAAACAAGAGCUCCAGCCACAUACAUACUUUGUGAUAUUGAUAUCGCAAAGGUGUUGCUGGAGUGUAAAAUGUCACUUGUGCAUACGCGUGUGUUGCUCGUCUCGUUACUGAACCCCCUUGCCUGCAGCCUGAGUGUAUAUGUACUUCAUGACAAGUAUGGAGUUUGUAUGGCGAGAGUCACUCGCAGAAUUGGGAUUGGACUUAACUCCGUCAUCCUUGGAGAAUCCAUUACUAUUCCCGAUAAUCGGCAAUGCGAGCUGAAUGGACAGAUGUCGUUCGCGCCAAGCAUGUGAUAGGUGUUUCAGCCCUAUACCA